GAUGCUGAGUGAGGAGAGCAGAGCCAAGCAGGUGACCCUGGACCCCGUCCCCUCCUGGAUGUGUGUGGAGACAGGUCCCAGCUAUGGGAGCCCGCGCCCGGCUCACGCCAACAUGAACGCCAAUGCAGCCGCGGGGCUGGCGCCCGAGCACAUCCCCACGCCGGGGGCCGCCCUGUCCUGGCAGGCCGCCAUAGACGCGGCCCGGCAGGCCAAGCUGAUGGGCAGUGCUGGCAACGCGACCAUCUCCACGGUCAGCUCCACGCAGCGGAAGCGACAGCAGUACGGGAAGCCCAAGAAGCAGGGCAGCACGACGGCCACCCGCCCGCCCCGCGCCCUGCUCUGCCUGACCCUAAAGAACCCCAUCCGGAGGGCCUGCAUCAGCAUCGUCGAGUGGAAGCCAUUUGAAAUCAUUAUUUUACUGACUAUUUUUGCCAAUUGUGUGGCCUUAGCGAUCUAUAUUCCCUUCCCAGAGGACGACUCCAACGCCACGAAUUCCAACCUGGCUAUUUUUUAGUGCCUCUCAGGGGCUAAGUGCUAAAAAUCCAUUGGAAAAUCAACAAGCUGACAUUUUGGGAGCAGAACAACAGAAAUGGGUGAACAGCUAGGGUUAGCACCAGUGUCUCCACGCAGGAUGCAGCACAAGGACCUGGGUGCAGAAAGGACCACCC